AUGUCGUUAAGAGUGAUUGAGAAAAACCUGGGAAAAAGCGAAGAAAUGAAAAUAAAAGAAGUUGAAAUGUAUAUAGGUUAGGCUAGGUUAGGUUAGGUUUAAGAUGUGUAUUUAUUCCUCCGCGCUCCUUGAGGAGCCGUGCUGGCACGAGAGCGAAAAGGAUGAACUUCCAUCACUGGUUCUCUGAGCCCAGGCCGAAACCCCUGGUUUCUCGGUAGCGGGUUGCCCUAUUGAGUCGUCAGCCGACUGUCGCUGGGCAACACCAUUUCCAACUCAGCCUUCCGCCCCGAAUUACGCCAGUCUUUGCCUCCGGUUGGCCAGAUCGCCCUCGUGAGAGGAUCCUUUUAACUGGAGAGACUUGUGCCCUUGAGAUCCCCAAGUCUAGCUUCGCCUCCCCUCUUUCCCGGAUCAUCUCCAAGAAAGAACUCAACCCCUUACGGGAUUCGGGGCUAAGCCACCAAGUAGCCUAGGCAGGUAACUCACCCUGCCUCUUUCGGACACCGAGUCUGGGCCUCGGCGCUACUGGCAAAAAAGAUGCGAAAAACUGCUGCUGCCCGGGUCAAGUCCCAAAAUCAGCGGAAAUUGGGCUGGGCCUCUCGCCUCGAGGCUAACUCUUCCCUUGAGUAGCUCUCCGCAUCCAAAAACCAUGUCCGGUAUACAUAAGGACACCCGCCACGGAAGGACGGGUCGCUCGUCUCCGGCCAUUUUAUGUAUAUGAAAUGUAUAUAGAAGAAGGGAAAAAUUUAUUGUUUGAGAUUGAAAAAAGCGUUAAUAUGUUUGAGCAUGCACAAAUGGUAAUUGAUAUUGGGAAAUUGUGUGAGAAAUACAAAGAUUUUGUGGAUAAAGGAAUAAGAAUAAAAAAAUUAACACAGAAAUUAAGGAGAUCUGAUUAUGUGAGAAAUGAAAAAUGCAUGCCACAGUUGGAUCAAAAAGUAAUCAAAUGUUUUAGCCCAAAAAUAAGCAAUAUUCAAGCUUCAAAUAAAGUCGUUAUAAAGAAAGAAGAUCUUGUUAUUGUUUUUGUGUAA